AUGGUGGAUUAUCGCGAGCGGUCGUACGCGAAGGGGAAGAUUCCGUCGACGUUCACGCGACGCGAGGGCGCGCCGAAAGAGAGGGAGAUACUGGCGAUGCGGGUGAUCGAUAGGGCGACUCGGCCGCUUUUUGAGAAGAAUUUCGCCAAGGAGGUGAUGUUGCAGUGCGUCGUCAUGGCGAGCGACGGCGUGGAGGAUCCGGCGGUGUUGGCGGUGAACGGAGCGAGCGCGGCGUUGACGGCGUCGAGCAUUCCAUGGAAUGGACCCAUCGGCGCGGUCCGAGUGGCGGUGGUGAAUAAAGCAAUCAUAGUUUCGCCGUCGGAUGAGGUGGUGGAGAGUUCAGAUUUCACUCUGUUUUACGCCGGGAACGAAGCGCGAGCGUUGAUGAUCGAGGCGCAGAGUAAUAAAUCUGGGGGCUUGGAGGAAACUUUAGUCGCCGAUGCGCUGCGAAAAGCGCACGAAGCCGUGCGUGAGUUGAUACCUCCUCAAAUCGCGCUCGCAAACGAGAUAGGUAAGCCCAAGCAAGAGCUCGCGGCGGCUCCCGUGACGGCGGAGAUGAAACGCGCGUGCUACGACGUCGCCAAGGCGCGAUUAGUCGCGCUCUACGAAGAGCACAUUCAGGAUAAACACGAGCGUGGGCGUAAAAUGGCGGAGCUACAAAGCGAAGUCGUGCGCGAACUCAUGGAUAGCCAUCCGGAGUGGAUGGAGAGUGGUGAGGUGAGCGAAGCCAUGUUGGGUUCGGCGUACUUCGCCGUGUGCGGUCGCGUGCUUCGCGAACGAGUUCUCGACGAGGGCGUGCGCGUCGACGGACGCGGUGUGUACGAACUUCGCAAUCUCGACGGUGUCACUGGAACGAUGCCCAUCGUGCACGGCAGCGCACUAUUUGAGCGCGGGAACACGCAGGCGCUGGCCACCGUCACCUUGGGCUCGCUCGAAGACUCGCAGCGGUUGGACAAUUUAACGGGUCCAACGUCCAAGCGUCUGAUGUUGCACUACUCGUUCCCUUCGUUUUCUGUGAACGAAACCGGUGCGAGGGGGCUUUCACGGCGCGAGGUUGGACACGGCGCACUCGCGGAGAAGUCGCUUUUGGGAGUCUUUCCGGAUGAGGACGCUUUCCCAUUUGCGGUGCGCGUGAACACCGAGACUCUCGAGAGCAACGGUUCGUCUUCUAUGGCUGCCGUGUGCUCGGGAUCCAUGGCGCUCAUGGAUGCAGGCGUGCCGCUCACCGAGCACGUCGGCGCAAUUUCGAUCGGUCUCGUCAUGGACGAAGACGAGGAAACGGGCGAGGUCAAGCGGUACGCGCUCAUGGACGACAUCAUGGGUCUCGAAGAUGUUUUAGGGGAUAUGGAUUUUAAAAUUGCGGGCACACGUUCGGGCGUCACUGGCAUUCAACUCGAUUGUAAGCCUGCGGGCAUUCCGUUGGAUAUUCUCAUCGAAGCGCUCGAUCGCGCGUCAGCGGCGAGGCAGAAAGUCAUCGACGUAAUGGAGCGCGCCGUGAGCGAGCCAAAAUCUGUGAUGAAGGACUCCGCGCCUCGCUAUGGCAGAGCGACGCUGCCGCCGGCGUUGAUCGGGAAACUUAUCGGCCCUCAAGGUUCGAAUAUUAAGGCUUUAGAAAAAGAAACCGGGGCAAAGGUUUCCGUCGUUAACGACGAUGGUGACUUGGCUGUGUUUGGACAAAAUAAAGCGUCGUACGACGCCGCCAUCGCGCACAUCGAAAACUUGAAGAAUUCCAUCGUAGAAGUCGGCAAGACGUACGCCACCACGGUGAAAGAAGUGCUACCUUUCGGUUGCGUGCUCACUACCGCUUCCGGCGACGAUGGGCUGUUGCACGUGAGCGAAAUUGCGCACGAGCACACCGAAAAUGUAUCCGACGUUUAUUCGGUGGGCGAUCAAGUCGAGGUGAAGUGCGUCAAGAAGGACGCGCGUGGAAGCAUCAAAUGGAGUCGAAAAGCGCUGUUACCUCGUCCCCGUCCACCUGGACGCGAAACGCCGCGUUUCACGGUGAAGGCGAAGGCGACGACGCCAUCCGACCCCGAGUAA